ACCUAAACUGAUCUUUAAUCAAGUAACUUCCUACGAAAUACCCCCGGUCGGUAUAGAUGGACUGCUAACGAGUAAACUUGUGUAAGCAGCAGAGUGUGCAGGAACAAAAGUGACCUAGACUUAUCAUUCAAGCUUCCAUGAACAACCUGAAUGACCCCCCCAUGUGGAACAUUGAGCCAGACCCCCGAGGAAGGGGGGCGGGGGCCGGUGAUGGCCAUCAAUGGAACUACGCCCUGCUGGUCCCAAUGCUGGGACUGGCUGCAUUUCGUUGGAUCUGGACGAGGGAGUCUCAGAGGGAGAUCCAGGAGGUCAAAGCUCAGUAUAAAAUAGACAUUUCAACAAUAAAAAGCGAAAUGGAGAUAAAGUACCGUGAGACACUAACAGAUAGGCGAAGGGCAGCAGCUACACUCGAGCUGGAGCUGGAGAAGGAAAGGCAGAGGGUGAAAGGCUACAAACAGGCCAUGGUCUCACAGAGCCAUCAGCUGAUGGAAGAACGGAAACAGCUACAUGAGGAGCGUGAAGCAUUGGAGGAAGAAAAGCAGAGGCUGGUGAACUCCGGCGCUGCAGGGGCGGUACUGCAUCAGGCCCUGAAGCGAGAAGACAACCGGUCCCAGCGAGCCAACGCCACUCUGAAGGAGCUGGAGUAUCAGCUUCUGGAGCGCCAGAACGCUUACUGUUCCCUCAUCCAACCUCGGGACCAGCGGCUGGAGAUGGAGAAGAACAUGCUGAUCAAGGUUGUCAAAGACCCUGUCCUGGCAGAACUGGACCUGGAGUCUGAUCUUAAGGAUGUUUUUAAGAGAGAUACGCACUGUGCUGACUUGCUAAACAUGGACAAGAGGAAGAAUGGCAGCCUCAUGUGGGUUUACCUCAAGUACUGGCAGCUGCAGGUCACUGUGCAGAAACACAAGAGAGCUGAAGGAGCCAUCUUAGGAGAGAAAAUCCAGUCCCACACAAAGUGACGAACACGAGCUGGGGUGUUUCAUUAGACUUUUAAGAAUGUUCAGAGGAGUGGUGGUGGAUCAGGACUGAAAAUGCAUGUUUUUUUGUUGUUAUCUUCUUUACUUGUUAAGGCCCGGACAUACCAAUCUGACAACAAAGAACUGACACAGACGGACCCCGACUGUUGCGUCGCCUCGCGUCUCGGCCAUGUGUCGCAUUGGAACACACCGCAAAAACUUCAGCCGACGGCCAAGAAGCACGCACGAGCUGCGCAUGCGUGAGUGGCAAUAACUCUCCUUACCAGCAGGCGGCGGUAGUGUGUAUUCGUCAUUCAAAAGAGGCAACAACCGGAAGACAGAGAAGAAGAACAGACUACGUGAUCUAAACAAACAACAAAUAGCAUGUGCGUUCCAUUUUCACUCUACAGCGAGAAGCUCAUGGGGCUUUCCUGAACCUGUGUCGAGAGCUGGAGUUAAAUGAAAUCUCAGAUUUGCCUUCUUAAUAGUUUGUUUGGGUCCCUCACUUGUGAUUUCUUUUGCCGACUGCUCGCCGAUUCAAGGGUUUUCGGCCGAAAAGGCGUCUGCACGGUUGAAAAGACCCGACGGUGCGGGACACAUCAAUCUGUGUUGGGCAUGUCGACGCUCAUCGUCGGCCUGACGCCCACCGACGCCAUUAAUCGGCCGGGGCUGAAGUCGAAUAGUCCAUUUAGCUUAGGAACCUUCCUAA